AUGGCAGACUGCGCGUGGUUGCACGGCGCCCUCGCCUCGGGCAAACACUCUGACUGUGUUGUGACUUGCGGUGUGGACGAGUACAGGCUCCACAAGGUCGUUCUCUGCUCCCAGUCAUCCUUUUUCGACAGGGCAUUCUCGGAAAAAGAAACGGGCCGUGUCGAGCUGCGUGAGGACUGCCCCCAGACGAUCAACGCCAUGAUUGAAUUUCUUUACACCGGGGACUAUGCGUCUGUUCCGUACCCCAACCGCAAGCUCCAGGGAGACUAUGCCGUCGACGUGUUUGGCUUCAGUCUUGAAGAAAACGACAUCGUCGGCCCGUACGAGGACAGGAUCGACAGUGUCCCAGAACUGCUCCAUCACACGCGAGUCUACGCCCUGGGCGUCUUUUACGACAUCGACCCGCUCUGCGUCACAGCUGCCUCGAAAUUUAGAGAGGCGUGUCGGAAUCAGCACUCAAGAGAUGACUUCCCGCCUGCUGCUUACGAGGCGUACACCACCACCGAGGAGGCACACCGGGGAAUACGCGACAUCGCCGUCGAUAUCAUCCUCGAAUACCGGUCACUUCUCGACAAGCCCGAACUGCAGACUGUAAUGCGGGAGACGGAGCUGGGUUUCGACAUUGUAAUGGCUGCACGCAGGGAGAACUUUCUCUGACACGGAGAAAUCGCAAAUUCUGGCAUGCGCGAGCAACGAAUACAGCGAGAGCUUGUGGGCGAUCUUCACGGUGUGAUAGCAUCUUUCUGGGUUUGUCUUGGUUCUUCCCAGGACCGAAUCACCAAUCAUGACCGAAGGUCUCGGC